AUGAGGCACCCGGACAGUUCUCGAUUCGAGAGGCAGAGGUCGGGGGCAGGGACGGACGCAGCGGGAGAGGGGAGGGCGGGGAGCAUGGUGGCUCCCCGGAAGGUGGCGUCGCCGGGGCAGGUGCAGUUGGAGGGACGGUCACCCCAAGAAGCAGCCGUGGCGGCUCGCAGCGCCGCAGCGACAGCGGCGAAGGUGGCAGCGGCAGCGAAGGCGAACGCAGCAGCUAAGGCGAGCGCGGCCGUGAAGGCAGCCGCAGCUGCAAAGGCAGCGCUGGAGGCCGCAGCGCAUGCGUGCAGAGCGGAGGCGGCGUGCCGGGCGGAGCUGCGGAGGAAGGUGGCGAAUGCGAAUGAGAACAGGUCGGGAGGGGGAGGAGGAGGAAGGGGGAUGAGGCUGGAGAUCAACGAGGCGAUAGCGAAUGCGGUGGAGGAGUCGAUUCAGCAGCGCGAGGCGGGCGGGGAAGGGAAGGAGGAGGCGAUGGAGGGAGUGGAGAUGGAGUUCGGGGGCGUGGGGGUGGCGGACGAGGCGAGCAUGUUGUUCGACGCGCUGGUGGCGGCGGACGAGGGGGGGAUGGAGGGCGGGAGCGUGGGGGCGGACGGUCGGAGGCCGGACUACCUGCAGGAGAUAUUGGAGGCAGCAGUGCUGACGGACACGGCGAUGUCGUUCAACGAGGGUGGGCACGUGGGGAUGUCGGAUGCGGAGACAAUGGGGGCGGAGGGAGGAGCAGGAGUCGGGGAGGAGGCAGGGCAUGAGCAUGGGCAUGGGCAUGGGGAGGAGCUGGAGCAAGGGGCAGUGGGAGCGUCGGGGUUGGGCGAUGUGGGAGACGGCGACGGAGACGGAGUUAGAGGCGGAUAUGGUGUUGGAGAGGGAGAGGGAGAAGGGGAGGGAGGUGCAGCGGAGGUGGAGAGGGGUGCAGGCGAGGGCAUGAGUUUGGAGGUGGAAGGGGUGGCAGGAGGGGGGUCGUCGGUGGCGGAGGGUGUAGCGGUGGGGAAGGAGGAAAGCAGCACGUCGACAGUGGUGGACGAUGCGGAGAUGCGGGAGGGAGCGGGUAGCGAGGGAGGUGGGGUAGGAGAGGAAGGGGGUGGAGGAGGAGAAGAAGAGGGUGGGGUAGGACCAUCGAGCAUGAGUGAAGUUGGGUCGGAGGCAGUGUCAGUGGUGCAGGAGGACUGCGCGUCGGGACGGGGGGUAGCGGGAGAUGUGGGGGUGGCGGGGGCCGGUCUGGUGGCUGCGGACGAGCGGAGAGAGGGAGGUUUGGCCGGGACCUUCAUUGCAAGUGUGGAUGUGGUUUAAUCCGGAGUGUCGGUGAUUGCGGUGAAGGAUGCGAUAAGUGGUGUUAAUGGAAGUGUUGCUCAAGGUGGUUGAGUUCAGAUGAGGUGUUUCAAACAUUGGCGUGUUCGGUCUUGGUGUUCAGCGAUUUUUUCAUUCGUUUCUGGAAAUUUAUUUAGAGCGUUCUGCUCUGUGGUGUGCAUCUUCGAUGGUUUUGUCUGGUCACACAGCUGAACAGGAGUUGCAUUUAUUCGUCGCCAUUGGCAAUCGUCGGAGUGUUUUACAAGAACACAUGCAAGGGAGCACAACAAUUGUUUUAGCGAAAGUGAUGACUUUGGAGUCUGGAUGUUAUUGUGAGGAUAGGAAGACAUCUCGUCAGCCUUUUGUACAUGAAUACUAUAUCUUGUAUGCCUUCACAGGAACGAUGCAUCAAAGCAGCUGAGUCACGACAGCUGUGUCCAUAUAUGAAUUUCGACUGUUAUUCAUUCAGUUCUAGGUGUGAAAAAGUGUGUACAGUGGAUCUAGUAAAUUUCUGCUGAUACAGAACUGGGUUUUCUCUGAACAGAGGAUGGGAAGCCGCACUCGAUUCUGGUUUUUUGUAAACUAUGUAUAAUUUUUUCCCUUCAGAACUACUUAUUCUUUUCAAAAUUCUGAUUUGUUGUUCUGAUUCGGACACACACACACACAUUUAUAUAUAUAUAUAUAUAUAUAUAUAUAUAUAUAUAUAUAUAUAUAUAUCAGUUGUCUGAUGUCGAUCACAGGGAACUCUGAGGACUGAGAGCAUAUGCACAAGUUCCUACUCAGGCCUGGAAAUCCUCAGUCUUCCAACCUCUUGUUGGCAGGAAUACGUUCAAACCAUCGGAUACUUGAACUCCAAUUCAAUGAUGGAUGAAGUUUAUUCUGAAGAAGCUGCCUUGCUUUGUCGAGUCGGUCAAGGAUGGGUCCACGUCUCUUCACACGUCGUGGUUGGUGACCCAUGAAGAUCAAGUUGUUGACCAACAUCCGACGACCGGCUCUCUGCUUUGCUGGGUUCAGAAUGUGAACAUUCUGAUAUCUUCUGAUUUUUAGUAUUGCUUGUGUUCUGCAGGGUAGAGACAUUUUGUUUGAGUGUUGCCCUCAUUCAGAAAGAAUGUUCGGAUACUUUUCACCAUGCGCUAAGAAUUGUUCAUCUUUCCACUCACAAUAUAGGUGAUAAGAAAUAGAGCCAACCUGUUUCUUGCUUCUUGUCCACAAAAUGUAAAAGAAUAUGCUUUUCAUCCUG